AUGUAGGUAUUUAUGUGAUCAGUUGUAGACGCAUGCGCGACGAUACGGUAGCCUCUUGCGAAAACAUGUGUUGAAUAACCGUCUAAAUAAAAAUGUUUAAAGUAACGUUUAAUUAUUUCUGUGAUAUUAUUAUUCUUUUCGUGUAAUUUUCAGUUUUUAGUUCAGUGAAUGGUCCAGUUGUUGUGGCAAUGAAGUUGCAUAUUGUUGUUACGUUGUUCUUGUGGUGUGUCGUGAAAAAUGGAGCGAACGCAGCACUCACAUCGGAAGAAGCGGCGGACCUCCAGGAGACCUGUUGCGCGCACGGGGAGGCCUACGCGACGGCGGCGCCGGGCACCAACCCCAGGGUCUGCUCUGACGCCAAGCCCCCGGAUGAUCUGGAUGAGGAGCAGGUGGAGCCCUGCAUUAUUGCUGUGAAGGCGUGCUGUCAGAAGCAUAUUAAAAAGAAGAAAGACUGUGCUGCCGGCAUGAAAUUAGCUCCUUUGAAAAAAUGUGCAGUCCCCAAAUCUGACAUAGGAAAGACUUGCUGUGAAGAAUGCUCGCUGGGCCGAUGGACCGGGGAGUCCCAGGGCAAGGAGUCCUGUGGGGACCCCCCCGACGAGUAUGUCAGUCCAGCCAGCGCUCUCAGGAAGAACGCCUACCAUCAGUGUUGUUUGACAGCAGCCGAAACGCCACCCACAACGACUACGGAGAAAAAGAUAGAGACAACGACAGAGAAAAAGAUAGAGACAACGACAGAGAAGAAGAUAGAGACAACAACGAAGAAGAGAGAGAGCUGCAAGGAGCAGAAUCCUUGCGAGCAGGAGUGCGAUGACGAGUCAGGUGUCAGGGUCUGCCGGUGUCAUGAUGGGUAUCGGCUGAAGGCUGACGGGAAGACUUGUAAAGACAUCAACGAGUGCAUGGAGUCAUCAGACGACCUGUGCACAGAGGGCGGCACGGUCUGCCACAACACGCCCGGGUCCUACCGCUGCGUGCCUGUCAGGAAGCGGGACGUGUCACGCAGCUGCCCGCCGGGGUUCAAGCGGAAUGUGGAGAACCAAGUCUGCGAUGACAUAAACGAAUGUCAGCUGCCAAGGCCUCCUUGUGCGAAGUACCUCUGUGAGAACACUAUAGGAGGGUACAAAUGUGCCGGGAAACCAGGCAAGCCUGUGGCUGAAGCUAUUCCUUUAAGAUCACCUUUUCCUGGACCCACGACUGAAGCAGUAGCCACGAGCCCUAAGAGCACCAUGUGCCCGCCUGGCUUCAGGGAUGGCGAGGAUUAUGAAUGCAUUGACAUAGACGAGUGUUCAGAACGGCUGGACGACUGCCAGCGUCUCUCCCAGCACUGCAUCAACACUCACGGGAGCUUCUUCUGCCAGGACCACGUGUCGCGGCGGUGCGCGCCGGGGUUCAUGGCUAAUAGGGCCACCGGCGUCUGUGAAGACAUCAACGAGUGUGAAGACAAUCCUGAAUCGUGCCAGCGCAAUGAGGUGUGCAUCAACCUGCCCGGGGCCUACGACUGCAAGUCCAAGAUCAGCACUUUGCCCAAAUUGAGUGUCAAGAAAUGUCAGGAAGGAACCAGGGUCCGCCCUGGAGGCACCGUCUGUGAGGACAUAGACGAGUGCCGCGAGGGCUCGCAUCUCUGCGACCAGUUCCAGGACUGCAUCAACACCUACGGAGCCCACGAGUGUCGCUGCAAGAGCGGCUUCGAGCUCGACUCCGCCUCCAGCUCGUGUGUCGACGUGGACGAGUGCGCUCGCAACAUGGACAACUGCGGGCCCGGCUCGUUCUGUCUCAACGUGCUCGGCUCCUACACGUGCACCAGACAGAGACAGCAACAGAGCACCACGCACCCGCCUGAGGACUACGAGUAUUAUUAUACUGAUGAAGACGAAGAAGAACCAAAACCGACUCCACCGGAGCAGCCGGCCAACUACCCACCCCCUCGCCCCGCGCCCGUCCUCACCACCACCCCCCGACCCGUCACAGCCAGACCCAGGACACCUAGACCAAGACCUACUACCCCUGCCCCCACCACACCACGACCCACCACGACAUCUUCCACUACCGAGGCUAUCACUGAAGCUACUACCACUAGCAGUACAACAGAAGAACCUAGAAGACAACGACCGACGGAAAGAACCACUUUAAAACCCCCUCCCGCGCCCCCGCUACCCCCAAUGCCUUCUGAAAGACCGUACAGACCUCGAGAAGACCCGCGACCGUAUCGACCGACUCCAACCAGAAGACCUUACCGUCCUGUGGAUAACCAACCAGACCCCUACCAACCUAACGAAAGAAAUCCUGACAGACGUAAACCUAAUGAAGAAGAUGACAGAAAACCAGCAAAACCAACCAAUGAAGUCGAGAAACCCGAAAGUGGACCAGGUUUCCGCGAAGUGGAUGUCCCUAGACCAGAAAAUCCAAAUGUGAUUGAAAAGGAGAAAGACGCUAACGGUAGUUACAGUUUGGAUACAGAAGACAUACCGAAGGAUAGAUGGACUAAUGUGAUAGGUAGUGAUCCGAUGAACAACCCGGAGUUCGAUGUGGUGAACCUGCAUUGCCUGAAUGGAUACGAGAAGAACGAGAGAGGGGAGUGUGUUGACAUAGACGAGUGCGCGACGGGCCACUACAUCUGCAGCAACAUGGAGUCGUGCAGCAACCAGCCCGGCGGCUACAGCUGCGACUGCAUCUCCGGCUUCCAGCGAGAACCCUCGUCCGGCCUGUGCGUGGUCGUCACUACACCUGAGCGGCCACGCACUACGCCUGAAAGGACGCGCACUACGCCUGAGAGGCCACGCACUACGUCUGAGAGUCCACGGCGUACGCCUGCUCCGGAAACCACGCGGUCGACUUCGAGAACAGUUGCUUGGCCUACUGAAAGGACUACUACUGAGCCAGUAGAGCCUGAGUGGAACUACGCACCAGCCCGGCCGUGGUCCCGGCCGCGGGCGCCGCCCACGCUGUACUGCGAGCUCGGAUACAAGGCAGACAUGGAGGAAGGACGAUGUGUUGACGUCAACGAAUGCGAGACCGGCCGGGCCAGUUGCAAGGACGAAGAGGAUUGCGUGAACACCCCGGGAGGGUACAAGUGUGUGUGUGGAGACCGGUGCUCGGCGGCGGAGGCACCCAGAUACGCCCCUCGCCCGACCCCCUCGCCCCCCUCAUCCUCCGCACCGCCCGUCAUCACGGUGGGGUCGAUGUACGGGUCCCGCGGCGCGCGCCUGGUGCGGCCGGAGUUCCGCCGCGACGCCGGCGCCGUCAGCGUCACCUGCCCUUGGGGAUACACGCUGGCUGCCGGGAACACUUGUGUCGCCGCCGCCGCCGCGCCCGUCAUCACGGUGGGCUCGAUGUACGGGUCCCGCGGCGCGCGCCUGGUGCGGCCGGAGUUCCGCCGCGACGCCGGCGCCGUCAGCGUCACCUGCCCCUGGGGGUACACGCUGGCUGCUGGGAACACUUGUGUUGACCUGGACGAGUGCGCUCGCAACAUAUCCAAGUGCGGGGCGGAGCAGACCUGCAGCAACUUCUACGGAGGCUACUCGUGCCAGUGUCCUGCUGGACACCGCCUGGGCACCGACAACACCUGUGUGGAUAUUGAUGAGUGCGCUUAUAGCAAUACAUGCUCAAUCCUGUCGACCUGCGUGAACACCCCGGGCUCCUACCACUGCGUGUGCUCCCCUGGGUUCCGGAACGCACCAUCUAACGACAAAGUCUGUGUGGACGUGGACGAGUGUUCUGAGGACGCGGCCUGCGAGCACGGCUGCGUGAACACCUGGGGCGGGUAUAGGUGCACGUGUGGCAGAGGGUAUGAACUGGGGAAGGAUAACAGCACCUGCGUGGACAUAGACGAGUGUGCCCUAGCCGCCUCGUCGCGGCGCGGGCGGCUCUGCGUGGGCACCUGCGUCAACACCGCCGGCACGUACCGCUGUCAGUGCCCGCCCGGGUACAGGGAGAGCGAUGAUGGACGGAGCUGUAUUGACAUAGACGAGUGCGAGAGCGGCGAGGCGACGUGCGCGCGGCCGCGGCCGGGCGAGGUCUGUCAGAACACUAGAGGGAGCUACCACUGCCACACCAUAAAGUGUCCCGACGGGUACCGGCUGGAUGGGAAACACACGUGCAAGCGCAUCGCGGAGUAUUGCCCGGUGCGAGACAACUCGUGCCUGCGCCGGCCCAGCGCUUACAGCUACAACUUCAUCACCUUCGUCUCAAACAUCUACCUUCCUAGUGGCAGUGUGGAUCUGUUCACAGUGCACGGUCCGUCGCUCGCGGAGGCGCAGCUGGACUUCGAGCUCGGCCUAGUGGGCGUGCAGGCGGCCCCUGGCGUGCAACCCGCGAGGCUCUCGUGCUUCGACAUGCGUCCGACAGCGAGGCAAUGCACAAUAUCGCUGCUCUGCUCGCUGGCAGGCCCACAAGUGGCUGAACUGGAACUAACAAUGUCCGUGUACCAGCGAGACCAGUACAUCGGCAAUAUGGUGGCCAGAAUUAUAGUUAUAGUCUCCGAGUAUAACUACUAAAACUCUAUGAAAGAUUAUGGGGGCGAAACUUUUAAGGCGAUCCGAAAAUCCUCGUUCGAGAUGAAAACUUCUGAUAGCGCCAUCUAGUGGGCGCUUUUCUUUUGAGCACUUUUCUC